CUCCAUGCGGUGUGAAUUGCCGCCUCUGUCAUCCAGAGACCAAAAUGCCACUCCUCGCUCAUCCAAAUUAUCACUCAUUUUCAAAUUUCAAUUGACUUCGGAACUGAAAAAAACUAUGGCGGAAUCGGAACUUCAUAUUCACGCGCCGUCGCCUGCAAACCCUAACUUCGCCUUGUCUGUUCUCAAUACCUCGCCUCCCAUUACACCGCCUCCAGCUCAGGUCAAGUCUGAUUCUCUUCUUCCUCCACCUAACGACGGAGCCGGCGGCGGAGGAUUUGGUCCGCUUCAAUGGCUUCAGAACAGGCGGCCGCCUGUUAGAGUGACGUCGGAAUAUGACAGUGACAGCACUGCGUUCCUUCACAAAAUCUCCUGCAAGCUGCUUGACAGCUUUGCCAAGGUGAAGCUGUCCUUCCAGAACAACGGCAAGGGAGAGAUUUCGGAGCCCCAGCUGGACAUUAAUUCCAAGUACUUGUCCAUACACUACGACGUAGAAGAACAAAAUGCCCUUGUCAAGGCUAAUUUCGACGUCACUUCCGCCGUGCAACUGAAGGCCAUUCACGAUGUCAAGGCGCAACAAGGAGAAGUGGCUCUGGUUGCAGACCUUGCCAGUCCUGCCUACAAAUUAGAACUGUCUUCUAAUAUUCCGGCUCUUGGCACUAUGCCAAGAGCAACCUUUAAGUUUCCCCAUGGUGAAGUUUCACUACAGGAUAAAGAGAUAGAGGAAGAGGAAGCUACAAAAGCUAUCUCCAUAAAUGGAAUCCUGAAAGGCCAUAUUUUGAAUGGAGUUUGCACUGCUCAGUAUAAGGAUGAAUCAGUAGAUUUAAGCUACCAAUAUAAGGAUGAGCAAAUGACAUUUAUUCCUCGUAUUAUCUUGCCUUCAAAGACAUUUUCAUUUGCAUUCAAGCGUCGAUUUGGUCCCUCAGACAAGUUGAGUUACUGGUAUAAUUGUGAUACAAAUGACUGGAGCACUGUGUACAAACACACAAUUGGAAAAGACUACAAAUUGAAAGCAGGUUAUGAUUCGGAGGUGCGACUUGGAUGGGCAUCUAUAUGGGUUGGAAAUGAAAGCGGGAAAGUAAAGUCGGUGCCUAUGAAAAUGAAAGUCCAAUUUAUGCUUCAAGUACCACAAGAUGAUGUUAAAUCAUCCGCCCUGAUGUUCCGUGUGAAGAAGAGAUGGGACGUAUGAUUCAUUAUAGGGUGUUUCUGGAAAACUAAGGGAACAGUGUGACAGUGUCUGUAAUGUGUCUCUUUUAUGUUCCUUUUAAGAAUUUUAAUGUAUAGAGUUAGAUACUUCUAUAAAUCUAUGAAUAGUUAUAAGUCUCAAUUCUUUUUUUAAAUUUAGUACUUCCGAUCACUCAUUCGGUCAAUUUCCGGAGAACUUUUUUAUUUGUUGCUGAAGGAACAAAAGUAACAAAGAUGAGAAAUUCAAAGUGAUGACUCAUGAGGGAAAAGUUGCCCAAAAAAGCGUUCAAGAUUUCC